AUGGUUGGUCUUAUACUCAAAACUCAAUCCCAGCUAUCGAAACUUUCGUUUCCUUCAACGACUUUGCACGACAAGCUACUCAAAGGAAAUCUAGACAAGCUGGAAGAUUUGACACUUCUACCACAAGAAGCAGAUCGCCAUGCCGAUGCCAAAUGUUUGGCUUUCACUCCCGUUCUCCGAAGACUCGCAAUCAAACCCAAGGCUCAAGAUGCACAUAACGGAAGACCCUACUCGUGGAGUAUGCCAAAACUGGAAGUGCUCUUGGAUCUACGCAAUCUCGAGAUCCACUCUGCUUUCAUCGAAAAGCAAGAAGAUUGCUUCGGCGGUAUGACCAACCUGAGUAGCCUACAAAGUCUGCUUCUGAGUAACUGUUCGGAUAUGCCGCGCACCGUACAGUGCCUCGCCGAUGAGUUUCUCAAAUGCGACAAGCCCGCACUCAACUCAGUCAUCUUCCGACAAUUGAGCGUCCUGGGAAGAGAGAAGCCAUUUAACACCGAGAUCGAAUACUUUCUUGAAGCCGUUCCGACACUCGAGACUCUCUGCAUCACCACAAUCAAGGCCAUGCGCCCGUCUAUUGCUAGCAUCUGCCGUCAUGGAGAAUCUCUGCGCUACCUGCACAUUGAUCACUUCCCCAAUCUUCACGACUACAGAGGUCUCUAUACGGGAAACGUCGAACGUUAUACGCCUGAAGAGCUUGAGAGGCUCGUGGCAAGUUGUCCGCACAUUGAAGCGCUCAGUCUUAAUCUUGUUGAUUGGGACCUUGUAGACUAUACUGCAUAUGACACUUUCAAUGUGCACGAUACUGGACGAGGUUUACAGGAGGAUGUGAAAGUUUCCGAUCUUUUACUACCUCUCACCCGGCUACGCAACCUCCGCAACCUCCGUAUCACCCAUCCUUUGUUUCAAGUACAAAAUGAGGACGAGGAGGAGAUAUAUGACUACAACAUCCACAAACAUCAUCUCCGCUAUCAACAAGUAGCCAAUGUCAUCAUGGAGUUUUUUGCGGACCACAAAUCGUCCAUCGAGAUUCUUGCCUUUGGUCCGGGCUACUGGCCAGAAGAUACAUACUCGUCGGCAGGCUUCAUGGACAUGAAUGGGCAUUCAUUUCCCGAUUUCUCCUACCGUCGCGGAAUACUGACAGUAGCAAUGCGCGGAGGAAAGCAGGUUUCGCGUGCUCUUGCUGUUCCCAUGCUAGGACAAGGCCAACAUGAGGAUAUGCUUUUCUGGAAGUAA